UCAAAGCCAGCUUGCUCUCCUGAAAGAUAUAGCGCCUAUAACAGAGAGCGGAGUUGUGAAGUUAAUACCGUUCGCGUCAAAAGUCAGAAACUUGUCAGCAUUUUUGCAAUCCGCUGGGGGGCACCAACAUUUAGCUAAUCCAUUCUUGAUUUCAGAACUUACCAGCAAGCUGCCAAUGUCAAGGAAGAUCGAGUGGGCACGUUAUUCUUCGGUGGUGCAGCCAUAUCCUACUGUGAUGCAUUUCAGCGACUGGCUGAGUGACACUGCCAAUCUGAUUUGCAGGGUACAGGAGCAGGAACAUCGAGAUGCUAAGCGUCGCGUAGUUCUUCAUGCGAUAGAUGAACAGCGAUCGAGCACACUAACGUGCUGUGUGUGCCAAGGUGAUCACAAGCUCCCAGAAUGCAAACGUUUUCUCGACGCGAGUGUUGCAGAGAGGUGGAAAGAGGUCAAACGGUUACGAUUAUGCUUCGGAUGUCUAAGUAAAGGCCACUCGUCGCGCAAUUGCCGGCUUCGUAGACCUUGUCCGUCCCAUGGAUGCAAGAGAACGCACCACCAACUGCUCCACGAGUCGACGCCUACGCGCUCCUCUGCAGAAAAAUCUUCAGUAAGGCAAGGGCCACAACGUAACACCAACGAAGCUGCGGUUCUAAGCUGCGUUGGCCGUACUAGGUCGAGCAAGCUGCUGUUCCGAAUCUUGCCGGUCACAUUACAUAAUGGAAGAAAAAGUAUCGACACCUAUGCUUUGUUUGACGAGGGAUCGUCUGUGACUAUGAUUGACGAGUCACUAGCUGUGGAGCUUGGCUUACGGGGUGAACACCAAAAACUGAAUGUGCAGUGGUUUGGUGGUCACAAGGCGCAAGAGCCCUCUAAGGUUGUGAGCGUGUUAGUAAGCGGAACGGGAAUGAAGAAGAAGCAUAAACUGAGUAACGUCUUCAGUGUCUGUAACCUGAGUUUGCCAUCGCAGAGCCUCAGCAAAACCGAUAUACGCAGUCAUAUCAAGCAUAUGAAACAUCUGCCAUUGUUGCCAUAUAGUGGAGCUUCGCCUAGACUCCUCAUAGGGCUUGACCACUGCCAUCUGGGUAUCCCGACUGAGACCAUGAGGAUCCAAGCUAACGGACCAUAUGCCGCAAACACAGAGUUAGGUUGGACCGUGUUCGGGCCAACGAUAAGAUCAGUACCACGGCCUACAGCAAGUUCGUUCGUAGGGCAUACCGUUGAUCAAUCACUGGAAAACAUGGUAUGCGAAUAUUUUGAAACGGAGAACUUUGGAGUAAAGCCGUCUCCACCAAUUGAGGGAGCUGAGGACGCACGCGCGCGAUCGCUACUAAUUUCAACAACGCGUCGCGUAGACGGGCGAUACGAGGUGGGCCUACUAUGGAAACGCGACUGCAUUAAUAUGCCCGAAAGCUACUCAACAGCAUUCAAACGGUUGGUUCACAUCGAAAAGCGUAUGCAGAGAGAUCUAGUGUUUCCGUCAGCCUAUAGAGAAAUAAUCAACUCGUAUAUCGACAAAGACUACGCUCACAAAAUUUCACCCGAUGAGGCCUCACUGCAUUGUCCCAAGACGUGGUACUUGCCGCACUUCGCCGUCACGAACCCAAACAAGCCAGGAAAGCUAAGGCUAGUUUUUGACGCCGCUGCCGAGUCAUAUGGCGUGUCAUUAAACUCAGAGCUACUGAAAGGGCCCCAAGAGUACCGAUCUCUUCCGUCUGUCUUAUUCCACUUUCGCGAAGGAGCAAUAGGUGUGUGCGGAGACAUAAGAGAGAUGUUUCACCAGAUACGAAUUCGAGAAGAAGAUCGAUGUGCACAGCGAUUUCUAUGGCGCGACGGAGACAACUCAAGGGAACCUGACGUAUUAGAGAUGAAGGUGAUGACGUUUGGAGCGGCAUGCUCCCCAUGCGCUGCACAGUACGUAAAGACGUUGAAUGCCUUGGAGUAUCAAACCCAGGCGCCACGAGCAGUGCAGGCAAUUCUCGAGCGGCACUACGUUGACGAUUUCGUCGACAGCUUCGACAAUGAAGAAGAGGCGACCGAGGUGGCUCAGAAGGUGCGAGCGAUCCAUAAGCAGGCCGGGUUUGACUUACGCAAUUUUACAUCCAACUCGGACAAGGUACUUGCAGCACUGGGUGGUACUGCGACAGCAAAACCCAUCAUGAGCGAGGAGGGGCUAACUACAGAGAAGGUUUUAGGUAUAUUUUGGCAGCCUUCGACUGACAGCUUCAAAUUUAGGUUGAAGUUUCACAACAUCAACGAAGCAAUUAUCGUGGGAGAAAGGCGCCCUACUAAACGCGAGAUGCUCAGCAUUUUGAUGUCGAUCUUUGACCCUCUCGGGUUCAUCAGCCACAUAACGACAACCGCUAAAUUGCUUAUACGUGAGAUAUGGAAGAGGAAGUUGAGCUGGGACGAUCCACUCUCCGAUGACCUCACUACUGCUUGGCGUUUAUGGCGCCAAAACCUUUCGACAGUGACCGAUCUGGAAUUUCCAAGGUUUUAUUUCCAAGGCGGAAGGCCAGGAACGAUGCAACUCCACGUGUUCGUCGAUGCUAGCGAGCAAGCAUUCGCAGCGGUCGCAUAUUGGAGAACAACGAGCUCAACAGGGAAAGUUAACGUGGCGUUCAUCUGCUCCAAAUCGCGAUGCGCUCCACUAAAGCUACUAACUAUUCCGCGGCUCGAGCUACAGGCGGCAGUCCUCGGCACGAGGCUUAUGCAAACUAUUCGCGAGCAACAUUCGGUUUCUGCAUCUGACUGCAUUCUUUGGACGGAUUCGAAAACCGUCCUUAACUGGAUAGGGAGUGAACAUAGGCGUUACAAGCCCUUCGUUGCUCAUAGAGUGGCAGAAAUUCUAUCCGCAACGACGGUAUCUGAUUGGAGAUGGGUUCCAACAGAUGAGAACGUAGCUGAUGAAGCUACCCGAGCAAAACGAGUUGAAUGCGAACAUGGUUCACGCUGGUUAUGUGGUCCAGCGUUUUUGAGGCUGGAUGAAGAACAUUGGCCGAAGAAUCACUAUGCUUCCGAUGGCCUCGCUGAAGACAAUGAAGAGCUCCGACAAAAAUACGCCUUGGCCAUAGUAAGUCAGGAGUUUAUAAAUUAUAGUCGCUUUUCCUCAUACAACAGGUUGGUGCGAGCAUUAGCAUGGGUAACUCGUUUUGUGAGCCGCUGCCGCCAUGGUAAACAGCCGGACGAACUUUAUGGGUUGACUGCGUGGGAAAUUGAAACAGCCAAACAUAUCCUUUAUCGUUGGGUCCAGGAAGAGGCGUUUUGUUCCGAGCUGCGUCUCAUAGAGAGAGGCUUACCUGUUCCCCGAUUUAGUGUACUGCACCAGUUGACACCAUACAUAGGUGAUCACCAAAUCCUCCGAGUACGGGGACGCAUCGAUGCAGCAGAAUGGCUACCCAUAAGCACACGCCGACCAGUUAUAUUGCCGUCAAGCCAUUUAUUCACCAAGCUAGUAGUGAGCCAUCACCACAACGCCAUGAAGCACCAGAAUAGCGAAGCUACAAUUUGUGAAAUACGUAGCCAAUUUUGGAUUCCACGCUUACGCAAACUCCUGCGUUCCGUCAUUGCCAAUUGCCCAGUCUGCCGAAUAGCCAAGGCCGCGCCAGUUGCACCAAUAAUGGGUCCUCUACCAGUCGAUCGCCUAACACCAUAUGUGAGACCGUUCACUUACACCGGUCUCGACUACUUUGGGCCAAUCAAUGUUGCUGUCGGACGCCGUCAAGAGAAGCGCUGGGUGGCACUCUUCACGUGCCUCACUAUCAGAGCCAUUCAUCUGGAACUCGCGCACGACUUGAGUACGGACUCGUGUAUUGUGGCAAUUCGCAACUUCACCAAUCGGCGUGGGGUUCCCGUACGGAUGAGGUCGGACAACGGAAAGAACUUCGUAGGAGCGAAUCAGGAAGCGAAGAGAUUUAGCGAAGUUUUUGACUGCGAACGUUUGCAGGGUGAGAUGGCGACGAAAGGCGUUGAGUGGUGGUUCAACUGUCCUGUAAAUCCGUCCGAAGGUGGAGUAUGGGAGAGGAUGGUACAAUGUGUAAAAAGGGUGUUGCGCCACACGCUCAAGCAAGUGACACCGAGGGAACAUACACUAGUUUGUUUUUUGAUUGAAGCGGAAAACAUUGUGAAUUCGCGCCCUCUCACACAUCUCCCGAUCUCCGCUGAUCAAGACGAGCCACUUACACCAAACCACUUCCUGCUCGGGUCAGCGAACACCGCACAUACGCCAAACAAAGCCGUUGAGCCAGAAAGGUUGUGUGCCUUGCGCAAGCAGUGGCGUAUCGCGCGUCAGUUGCGAGACCACUUCUGGAAAAGGUGGAUCGCAGAAUAUCUUCCUACCUUAACACGCCGGACGAAGUGGUGCGAAUACACAAGGCCCUUGAAGGUGGGAGAUAUAGUCUUCAUAUGCGAUAACAGUCUGCCUAGAAACCAAUGGAGCCGCGGUGUGGUGGAGCAAGUUCAUCCGGGAGCGGAUGGAGUGGUCAGGCAAGCGGAUGUACGCACAACCAGGGGAAUAUCUCGUCGUGCCGCGUCGAAGUUAGCCGUGCUGGACGUGGAAGUUGGUGAAUCUGGUUGAUUCACGGGGGCGGGGGUGUGGCAACCCGCUCGAUGGCAACACUAUCGUACUCGUCAGUUUAAUUGUAGUCCACUGUGAAUUAUCUAUUGUAUGUAACCAAAUCGUUAGAUUGUCAAAUUUGUAAGCUGCGGUUGUUCUUUUUCACUCGUUGAACAUUUGCCCCAGAAGACGCAACCGCGAAAUAAACCCCGCAAUCAAUAAGUACGCCAUUGAUGUGUUAUUUUCGAGUCUUCGCCGAGUUCAGCGUUUACA